CUACAACUCGUCCGCCGCGGCCUCCCCGGCUCUGGAUCCUAGCGCCCCCCGGGACCCCCCGGCCUCAGCUCCGGCCCCUGAGCGCCCUGCCCCGGACCCCCGGAGCCGUCCUUCCCUCCCUGCUGGCCGGGCAUGAGUUAACAGCGAUGGACACCAAGCAUUUCCUGCCGCUGGAGGGAAAGUUCUGUGACUAUCCUACCAUUGUAUCGUACAACGAUUUUUCCACCCAGGUUAAUUCCACCUCCCUGAACUCUGCGAGUAUCCGUGGUUCUAUGACCGCACCUCUGCUGCAUCCAUCCCUCAGCAAUUCCGGGAUUAACCCCUCAUUGGGCUCCCCUACCCAGCUCCACUCACCUCUCGGCUCUCCCAUCAAUGGAAUGGGUCCACCUUUCUCCGUCAUCAGCCCACCUCUGGGUCCCUCAAUGUCGCUGCAGUCUGCACAGGGCAUGGGGUUUGGCUCCGGCAGUCCUCAGCUCCAUUCCCCCAUGAAUUCGGUCAGCAGCACAGAGGACAUCAAGCCUCCUCCUGGAAUAAAUGGCAUCCUUAAAGUGCCGGCGCACCCCUCUGCAGCCAUGGCCGCCUUCACCAAGCACAUCUGCGCCAUCUGCGGGGACAGAUCUUCAGGUAAACACUAUGGCGUGUACAGCUGUGAAGGAUGUAAGGGAUUCUUUAAGCGGACAGUGCGGAAGGACCUGACCUACACGUGCCGGGAUAACAAGGACUGUCUGAUUGAUAAGCGGCAGAGGAACCGGUGCCAGUAUUGUCGCUAUCAGAAGUGUCUGGCUAUGGGCAUGAAGAGGGAAGUUUUAGGCAGCUGGACGGCUGCCGGUAAGAAGUUUGUGAUAAGGAAUGAGGGAAUUUUAGAUCAGCCGCUCCAUCCACCCCGAGGCUGUAAUCAUGACCGCCCAUCAGCUGUGCAGGAGGAGAGGCAGCGAGGGAAGGACCGAAAUGAGAACGAGGUAGAGUGCACCAGCAGCGCCAACGAGGACAUGCCAGUGGAGAAAAUCCUGGAGGCCGAACUGGCGGUGGAGCCAAAGACAGAAACUUACAUUGAGGCCAACAUGGGCCUUGCCCCCAAUUCACCCAGCGAUCCCGUCACCAACAUUUGCCAAGCGGCUGACAAGCAGCUCUUCACUUUGGUCGAAUGGGCAAAAAGAAUCCCGCACUUUUCAGAAUUGCCACUGGACGACCAAGUAAUACUGCUCCGAGCAGGUUGGAACGAACUCCUCAUCGCCUCCUUCUCCCAUCGAUCAAUAGCUGUCAAAGACGGAAUCCUCUUAGCCACCGGCCUGCACGUACAUCGGAACAGCGCACACAGCGCAGGAGUCGGCGCCAUCUUUGACCGGGUCCUCACAGAACUGGUCUCGAAAAUGCGCGACAUGCAAAUGGACAAGACCGAGCUGGGCUGCUUACGGGCCAUCGUCUUAUUCAACCCAGACUCUAAGGGUCUCUCCAACCCCUCGGAGGUGGAGGCGUUACGUGAGAAGGUCUAUGCAUCGCUGGAAGCUUACUGUAAACACAAGUACCCAGAGCAGCCGGGGAGGUUUGCAAAGCUUUUGUUGCGCCUGCCCGCCCUCCGGUCCAUUGGCCUCAAAUGCUUGGAACACCUUUUCUUCUUCAAGCUCAUAGGAGACACACCCAUCGACACCUUCUUAAUGGAGAUGCUGGAAGCGCCUCAUCAAAUGACUUAAUGUCCCCCCAUGUGCCGAGGGCAAUAGACUUUUUUUUAUAGGACGCCCUCAAGAGACACUGUGGUCCCUCCACGCUUAAAAGAAAACGUCCAGGAUCCCUCAUCCUAUGUCACAUGUGCGCCUUCAGUCCAGCAGCAGAGCUAUGACCGCGCUGUCCCACCAGCAACAAGUGAUGGACGCCUGGGACGCGUACGGGCCGGGCUUGCCCUUAAGGUCUUUCGCUUCUUUGUUUUAGUCUAUGAUGGCUUGGUUGUCGCUGCUGAAGCUUCAGUCGCUGUUAUCGGUAACUUUGGCCCCAGUAUCUGAAACACAGAAAAAAUCCGCACAGAUCUCGGAGGGAGAGCGGAUACUCGGAACCUGAGCCAAUGCUAAACGCACGCUUCUGUGAAGCCUCCCCUCCAUCCGGUCCCUUUUCUUACCUGCAAUUGGUCAAGCGCUAUUAAUGCCGUUGUUAUACCUCUUCUGUUUAUUAUAAUAUAGUGACUAGCAAGGAGAAUUGUGGGAGCACCCCCCCCCCCCCCCCAAAAAAAAUAAAAAACCCAGAGCCGGGCGUUCUGUACCACAUUAAAUUAGGGGAGAGGGUAAAGUUUACCAACUAGUGUGUCUUUAGCUUUUGCAAAACUACAACUCCCAGCAUGCCCGGGCAUGCUGGGAGUUGUAGUUUUGCAAGAGCUGGGAGGUCUACAGUUUGGAAAACACUGGUCUAGGCUGUCUGGGCAUGCUGGGAGUUGUAGUUUUGCAACAGCUGGGAGGUCUAGGCAUGCUGGGAGUUGUAGUUUUGCAACAGCUGGGAGGAUCACAGUUUGGAAUGCACUAGUCUAAGCUGUCCGGGCAUGCUGGGAGUUGUGGUUUUCAGCUGGGAGGUCUACAGUUUGGAAAACACUGGUCUAGGCUGUCUUGGCAUGCUGGGAGUUGUAGUUUUGCAACAGCAGGGAGGUCUGGGCAUGCUGGGAGUUGUAGUUUUCAGCUGGGAGGUUGACAGUUUGGAAAGCACAGGUCUAGGCUGUCAGGGCAUGCUGGGAGUUGUAGUUUUGCAAUAGCUGGAGGCCCCCAUCACCCCCCUUGUUUGUCGCAGUCACAGAUAGGAGCUCGGAGCCGGGUUUGUUGCCUUAAUCUCUCUGGGGACAAUGACCACCAGUUUGUUGGACUGACCUCUCGUUGUGUAAUUUGUACUUCACUCUUGAGGCUCUUGUGUACAUUUCCUCUGGACAGAUAAGUUUUUAGAAUUUUUUUUAUUAUUAACCCCUUCACGGCUGCCUUGCGGUAGAACAGUCAGAAACUGGAGACAUAAAGAAGGCAAAUAAAACAUUAGGAGGGAUGGAAAGAUUGUGAGUGAGCAGCGUCAGCUUAGAAUGGCGCCAUUCUCACAUAUCAGGUUAAAGGAGAUAAAUCACGCCGAUGGGUGCUACUGAUAGUUAUGGCAAACGUAAAUACUAUAUAUGCAUCAAUUUAUAGGGAAAAUCAUUGCAGAUACCUGUAUACAUAUAGAUUUAUAAUAUCGCUGCCCGUCAGGGUCACAGUCUAUGGAGAACAUAUAACUUCUGGCUGCAGUGUUUCCCAACCAUUGUGCCUCCAGCUGUUGCAAAAAAAACUAGAUGGGGCGCUAGAUGGCAAGAACCUUGUAGUAAAUUUGGCGCAUCUUUCUCAAUCUCUGUACACCAGACUUAUCUGACAAGUUAUGUCAAAGCAGUUUAUCUAGGAUUAGAAAGACAGAGCUGAUUUCUUAACAAAAUAACGACACUCUUGUCCGUAAAGUUGUGGAUGGUAUUACAGCUCAGUCAAGUGUAAUACCACAUACAACCUGAGGACUGGGGUAGUAUUGUUCUUGGAAGAAAUUAGCUCUGAUUUUCUAUUCCUGGAUAACCCCUUUAAAUCCGGCCAAAAAUUGGAGGCUGCACUUGUCCUGCAAGUAGAUGUGCCCAUGGAUUAGGAUAGAAAAGAAUCAUCACAUUAGGGGCGCCCAUUUAUAAGGAUAGGGAGAUAUAGGGGGAAUCAUCACAUUAGGGGCACCGUUAUAUUAGGAUAGGGAGGAAUUAUCACAUUGGGGCGCCCAUAUAUUAGGAUAGGGAGAUAUAGGGGGAAUCAUCACAUUAGGGGCACCCAUUUAUAAGGAUAGGGAGAUAUAGGGGGAAACAUCACAUUAGGGGCACCUAUAUAUUAGGAUAGGGAGGAAUUAUCACAUUGGGGCGCCCAUAUAUUAGGAUAGGGAGAUAUAGGGGGAAACAUCACAUUAGGGGCACCUUUAUAUUAGGAUAGGGAGGAAUUAUGACAUUGGGGGCGCCCAUUGGUUUGGAUAGGGAUAUAUAGGGGAAAUCCUCACAUUAGGGGCACCCAUAUAUUAGGAUAGGGAGAUAUAGGGGGAAUCAUCACAUUAGGGGCACCCAUAUAUUAGGAUAGGGAUAUAUAAGGGGAAUCAUCACAUUGGGGCGCCCAUAUAUUAGGAUAGGGAUAUACAAGGGGAAUCAUCACAUUGGGGCGCCCAUAUAUUAGGAUAGGGAUAUAUAGGGGGAAUCAUCACAUUGGGGGCGCCCAUUGGUUUGGAUAGGAAUAUAUAGGGGAAAUCCUCACAUUACGGCGCCCAUAUAUUAGGAUAGGGAUAUAUAAGGGGAAUCAUCACAUUGGGGCGCCCAUAUAUUAGGAUAGGGAGAUAUAGGGGGAAACAUCACAUUAGGGGCACCUAUAUAUUAGGAUAGGGAGGAAUUAUCACAUUGGGGCGCCCAUAUAUUAGGAUAGGGAGAUAUAGGGGGAAACAUCACAUUAGGGGCACCUAUAUAUUAGGAUAGGGGGAAUCAUCACAUUGGGGCGCCCAUAUAUUAGGAUACGGAGAUAUAGGGGGAAUCAUCACAUUGGGGCGCCCAUAUAUUAGGAUACGGAGAUAUAGGGGGAAUCAUCACAUUGGGGGCGCCCAUAUAUUAGGAUACGGAGAUAUAGGGGGAAUCAUCACAUUGGGGCGCCCACUGGUUCGGAUAGGUAGAUAUAAAGCUGCAGAUGGAUUCCCUUCCCGGUCCGUCAGGAUGACCACAGACAGGAGGACGCCCGGCUCUACCAUACUGCAUCAAUUUUGAGAUGCUGACGGGGAUAUUGUAUACAGAACGCUCUGGGGAUCACCAGCAAUGAGAGUUCUCUUGUGUCGUUGUUGUGUUAUUAUGUAUAAAAAAAAUAAUAAAAUUUGUGUAUUACAAAAGUAAAAAAAAAAAAAAAAAAAAAAAAAAGAAAAAUAUAGAAAGGUUUAAAAAAUCUAUUGUAUCAGCAAAGUUUAAAUGAAGAUCUAUUUUUGUAUUCUGGACCUUUAUCCCUCUGAAUCAGUUUUGUAUGAACCUUCAGGUGUUCUGGAUUCUUGUGCAGUCGGGUUGUGAGCGGACGCCAUGUGCGAGGAGUCAUAUAUACACAGGUGGGGUUCAAUCCUGUCUGUACGCAGCAGCAGAGCUGAUACAAUCCAAUCUACGUACAAUCAGAUCCAUUACAUUGUUCUUAUCCAACCACUCAAUCCUCUCUCCAUAAGUCUCUAUAUGUGGAUGGACAAGGAUCAGGCUGUGGCACAUGAGCUGGAAUUGUUUUCUGCAUGUUACUGUACACAAUACAGUCUUCUGUAUAAGGAGAGUCCAGGUCUGUUUCCCAUAUUCUAACACUUUCUCAGUUUUCUGAAUUCUAUUUUUGCAAAAUGAAAAAGUCCUUUCUUGUAUUUUACUUAUAAUGAAAUGUGACCACAAGGUGGCAGCAGAGGAGCAUCAGCUAUGAUGUAUAUUGGGGCAAUCACGAGGAGAUCAUUUUAGGUGUAAAUGGGGAUCUGCAAGAAUUUAAAGAGAACCUGUCCACAUAGUGGAUGUGCGUACAUUACCAGAACUUUGUUUCAAGUACGAAAGGCUAUGGACAACAUUUUUUAGAGAUCUGUAUAGGUUUCAGUAAAUGUUUUCUACCAUUUAGCUGCUUCUCAGAGAAAGAUAAGAGGACCUUCUGCUCUUUCAGUGUUAGAGAUAGGAGCGGGGAGGGGAAAGGAUUACACACAACUUUAUGUACGAACAAACUGGACGUACGGAGGAGAACAUACAUAGAGGGCAGCUCACACAGGCUGUAGAUAAGGAGGUGAAAAUAAAUAUGGGUAGUAUACAUGGAGGGCAGCCCACACUGACUGUAGAUCGGUAGGAGAGCAUAUAUAGAGAGCAGCUCACACAGGCUGUAGAUAGGGAGAACAUACAUGGAGGGCAGCUCACACAGGCUGGAGAUAGGGAGGAGAACAUACAUAGAGGGCAGCUCACAGGCUGUAGAGAGGAGAGCAUACAUAGAGAGCAGCUUACACAGACUGUAGAGAGGAAAGCAUACAUGGAGGGCAGCUCACACAGGCUGUAGAUAAGGAGGUGAAAAUAAAUAUGGGUAGUAUACAUGGAGGGCAGCCCACACUGACUGUAGAUCGGUAGGAGAGCAUAUAUAGAGAGCAGCUCACACAGGCUGUAGAUAGGGAGAACUUACAUGGAGGGCAGCUCACACAGGCUGGAGAUAGGGAGGAGAACAUACAUAGAGGGCAGCUCACAGGCUGUAGAUAAGGAGGUGAAAAUAAAUAUGGGUAGUAUACAUGGAGGGCAGCCCACACUGACUGUAGAUCGGUAGGAGAGCAUAUAUAGAGAGCAGCUCACACAGGCUGUAGAUAGGGAGAACAUACAUGGAGGGCAGCUCACACAGGCUGGAGAUAGGGAGGAGAACAUACAUAGAGGGCAGCUCACAGGCUGUAGAGAGGAGAGCAUACAUAGAGAGCAGCUUACACAGGCUGUAGAGAGGAAAGCAUACAUGGAGGGCAGCUCACACAGGCUGUAGAUAGGGAGGAGAGUAUACAGGAAGGACAGCUCACACAGGCUGUAUAUAGGGGGAGAACAUACAUGGAGGACAGCUCACACAGGCUGUAUAUAGGGAGGAGAGCAUACAUGGAGGGCAGUUCACACAGGCUGGAGAUAGGGAGGAGAACAUACAUGGAGGGCAGCUCACACAGGCUGUAUAUAGGGAGCAGAGCAUACAUGGAGGACAGCACACAGAGGCUGUAUAUAGGGAGGAGAGCAUACAAGGAGGGCAGCGCACACAGGCUGUAUAUAGAGAGGAGGACAGCUCACACAGGCUGUAGAUAGGGAGGAGAACAUACAAGGAGGACAGCUCAUACGGGCUGUAGAUAAGGAGGAGAGCAUACAUGGAGGGCAGCUCACACAGGCUGUACAUAGAGAGGACAGCUCACACAGGCUGUAGAUAGGGAGGAGAACAUACUUGGAGGACAGCUUACAGGCUGUUGAUAGGAGAGCAUACAAGGAGGACAGCUCACACAACUAUUAGGGAGGAGAACAUACAGGGGGUUUACAGGGAAGAAUCACAUAGGUCGUGCACAUGUGGAGAGAAAGCAGAGCGCCCACUGAAAAAUGUUUCUCAGUCUAUUCAGCGGUGUCCAUGGCCUGUAACUUAUUUACCUUGUGUUUCCUUCCUGUAAUGACAAAUACGAGUAGUUUUUCCAGAGCUACUGUAUUCAUAUAGAGAACAUCAUUGUAUAUUUAUAAAAGUAACAUUGUAUGUAUGGAUUCUUGACAGGUUCUCUUUCUGUUCUUGUUUCUAUAUGUCCCUUUCUAUACAUCGCCUGCUCCAUCUCGCUACAAAUGUAAUAACUGGCGCAACAUGAAUGACAGGCGCCAUAUUUGCAGAAUAGACUUUACAUGUAUGUUGUUAUAGGACAUUUCCACAUCUUACUUUGUAUUUCCACUGCAAAAAAAACCCAGAAAGAAACCUUGCUGCACUCCAAGUUGUUAACCCUUCUGUAACUGCAGCAUUGGACACCGACUUUGGCCUUGACUGGUCUCUCGCACCUUCAUGUUUUCGCUGGAAUCUCAUUUGGGGGACAGCUGCGUCCAGCCCCCUCGAUGUCUUUGGUUGUCGCUGGUUCUGAUCUUGCUAUGUAUCGUGGGCCGCCGUCCCCACCGCCCUAUCAGUACGCUGUGUUCAUGUGAUUAUUGCCUUUCUGCUCAGCUCAGUCUUACUGUGAAUCACUUCUGCACAUGUUAUUAACGUCAAAAUGAAAAGCAUUGGAAAAUCCGACAAUUUUCUUGAUGAAUACUGGUAUUAGAAUUGUAACAAAUGAGCGUUUAUAAAUACAAGUUUAAAGUU